AUGUUUGCGGUUACCGACAAUGCCGGUAAAUGCCAUUUAAUUGGCAUCGACCAAACCGCAUCAUAUGAAAAAUUUCAGGAUCGAGCUAUUCAUGGGCAAAAAUUCAGAAGCGACUAUGAUGAUUACGAGGAAUACACUUUUGACGAAGAAAGAAGAGUUUUAAUUAACGUUAAUUCAGGGACUCCGCAGAAUUCAAGUAUUCCUCGUGAAGUAGUAAAUUGGGGAGGUGCUCCUUAUCCCAAACAAACAACUCAAAGUCAUCUUAAGGCUAUCAGUACUGGUAUUCCUGAAGUACAAGAAUGGCAAGAAGAUAAUUGGAAGAGAGAUAUUCUCGUCGAAGAGGUCGAAGAAAUCAAGUAUGGAAGUCUCGUCAAACAUCUUAUGGACAAGAAAGAUGUGACCAAACGAAGAAGAAGAAUUAUCAUUGAAGAUGAGUACGAGUAUGUUGACCCCAUUUUACUUGACGAAACAAGCUUCCCACUACAAGACGAUAGCGAUGAUGAAGAUUAUAUUCCUGGCCUUUCUGAUCGUGAAGGAACUCCUGAUAGUACCGAAGAAAUUGACUUUAUGGAAAUUGACACAAUUCCAAUAUCCGUCGUAAAUUCUCCUGACUUGGACAGUGAUUAUGGAGUCAAGACAAGAAGACAAAAGAAAGCCGAAAAAAAGGCACAGAAAGACAGACGUUUUGCUGCAGGCGGCGCUUCGAGUACCAAUCAUAAAAAUAAGAAGAAAAGGAAGCGUUCUCGUGUCGAAUUAUCUGAUGGCGAGAAUGAUGAGUAUGUGGAACCAAGUAAUGACUACGGUAUUGCGGGUCCAAGUUCACGUCCUUUGAGACGUGUCAAAAGACGUAUAAAUUAUGGAGAAAGCGAAACUACUUCUUCAGAAGAAGAUAGCUUUAUAGAAAAUGAUCACGCUUCAUUUGAUACUAGUAGUAGACGUGCUAGAACACCAAAGUCACCAAGCGGUUCGGAAUAUCAAGAGGAUUCAGAGCAAGAAGAAUCGCAAAAUAAUAUUGAUUCUCCUUAUGUUGUAUCCUCGUCACAACAUGAAGUGUCACCAUGUGAAGAUACACAUGGAAAUUAUGGAGGUGAUGAUGAAAGUUUUAUGGAAGACGAUCUUGAACAAGAUUAUGAGAAAUUGGGAGGUUCGGGAGGUUCGGAACAAGUUAGGGCGACACUUUCAGAUUCAAUGGAUACCGCAUAUCCAGAAGAUGAUACUCGUCCAGAAUGGAUUAAAAUGAUUAGACCACAAGCAUCUCCGUAUCACCCUCAGAUUGGGGAUGUUAUUAUUUAUUUCAUAAACGGGCAUAAAGAAAUGCUUCGAAGGUGUUAUCAUGAUGCAGACAAUUCUGUUUUACUUCAAACUUUGGGACCUGGUGAUCCAACGCUUCAUAAGGAUCACGCGUGGAAUAGGUCGUCAACUUAUAAAAAAGCUAUAGACAAUAUCUUAUAUUGUCUCAUUGAUGAUGUUGAAUGGACUCGAGGAGACAAAAAUAAACCUUUUGUAAAGAUUACAGCAAAAACAUUGAAUCUUCAAGAUUAUCAAAACAAUAAUCAACUUUUGCCGAUAGAUCCCGUACUAGGAAUUGACGAAAAAGUAUUUGCUACAUAUGAUAAUACACCAUAUUCUGGGACUAUUGUUCAAAUAAACAAAGAUAAAACAGCUAACGACUGGUCUCCAUGGCAAACUUACACAGUUAAUUGGGACGAACCUAAUGAUCCAGAAAAUACUCAAGACACAUUACAUAGCUGGGAAUUGAAACGUGAAAAUGAACAAGAUUUGGUCGAUAGUAAAACUUAUGGAGAAGAAGAUAAAAUGACCAUGAGUAAUAUCAUUUCUGAACUUAUUAACGAAGUUGAUUUCGAUUGGUUUGUAAACCACGUCAACUUCACUGAAAUAAUUGAUUAUCUUCCAAAAAUUCCAUAUCCGAUGUGCCUUCGAAUGAUUGAAGCACGUAUACAAAACAAUUGGUAUCGCUCUUUAAGGGCGAUCAAGGCAGACAUUGAUUUAAUACAUUGGAAUGCAACAAAUUAUAAUGAAUCAGGAACCGAAAUUCCUUUGGCGGCAAAUAAACUACUUAAUCAAUUUAAACGUCUUACUGAACGUAAAGACGACGAAUAUGAUUACCUUUUUAAAGUUGUCUUAAUUGGAGACUCGGGGGUUGGUAAAUCCAAUCUUCUUUCGCGUUUCACACGUAAUGAGUUCAAUUUGGAGUCAAAGUCAACCAUUGGUGUUGAAUUUGCUACUAGAAGUAUUCAAGUAGAUAACAAGACUAUCAAAGCCCAAAUCUGGGAUACUGCUGGUCAAGAACGUUAUCGAGCUAUUACAAGCGCUUAUUAUCGCGGAGCAGUUGGUGCUUUACUCGUUUACGACAUCGCUAAACAUGUUACUUAUGAAAACGUCAAUCGUUGGUUAAAGGAAUUAAGAGAUCAUGCUGAUAGUAAUAUCGUUAUUAUGCUUGUUGGAAACAAAAGUGAUUUAAGGCAUUUGAGAGCUGUACCGACCGAAGAAGCCAAACAAUUUGCUGCUGAAAACAACUUGUCAUUUAUUGAAACUUCUGCAUUGGAUGCCAGCAAUGUAGAACUCGCUUUCCAAAACAUUUUGACCGAAAUAUACCGUAUUGUUUCGAAUAAAGCUUUGGAAAAUAAUACUGGAGAAGUUGCUAGACCUACUGCUGGUGAAACUAUUCAAGUCACUGCCAUGCCUGAUGAAAAACAAACGAGUGGCAAAUGUUGUUAG